AUGUAUUUUUCUUUUUUUUUCUUAUUCCUCAACUCGUUCACUGAUUUGCCACUUGUUUUCUUAAUUUGUUUAAACUUCCUUCCCAUCUCUUUUUUCAUUCUUCAUUCUUUUUCUCGUUCCUUCCAAAUAUUACCAAUACCCAGUUGCUGUUUUUCUACUUUCACUUAUUGUUUUCUAUUUCAUUCUUGUUUUUUUCACUUUUCCUUUCUUCUUUUUCCUUUCUUCUUUUUCCUUUCUUUUCUUUUAGUCUUUGCUUUUUUUUUCUAUGAUUCUUUUUUUUUUCUCUUUUUCUCAACUUUUUCCCUUUUCUUCUUUCUUUCCUUUUGCUUUUCUUAUUUCUCUUUCAUUUACUUUAUACCUUCUAUGAUUCUUAUUUUUUUAAAUUUUCCCUUUUCUGUUUUUCUUUCUAUCUUUCUCCUUUCCCUAUUUCUCUUUCAUUUUCUUCUGGUCUUCCAUGAUUUUUUUUUUAAAGUUUCCCUUUUUUCUUCAUUCUAUCCUUCUCUUUUCCCUAUUUCUCUUUCAUUUUCUUUAUGUCUUCAUUCUUUUUCUCAUUCCUUUCAAACAUUCUCUUUCAUUUUACUUCUGGUCUUACUUUUCAUUUUUCUGUUUUCUAUUUCAUUCUUUUUCUUUCAUUUUUUUUCUGGUUUCAUGAUUCUUUUUUUUGUUUCCUUUUUCUUCAUUCUAUCCUUCUCUUUUCCCUAUUUCUCUUUCAUUUUCAUUUCCUUUGACAUUCUUUUUAUAAAGAAUUCUUUUUCUCUUUUGCAUUCUUUAAACUCCUGGACAAAUUUUCCUUCUUCUCACGAGUUCCUUUCACCAAUUUUUCCUUUCUUUUCUUUUCUUCAUUUUUUCUUUCUUCAUUUUCUUUUACUUAGUUUCUUUAUCUUCAUUUAUUCAUUUUUUUCUUAUUUUUCUUUCUUUCUUUCUUUCUUUCUUUCUUUUAUACUUUUUCUCUUAUUUUUCCUCACUUAUACACAUUACUUUCUUUUUAAUUUUUCUCUUAUCUUGCUUUUUUCUUUUUUACUUAUGCCUUUUUCUUUCAUUCUAUUUUUUUUUACACUUUCUUUCUCUUAUUUUGUCUGCAUUAUAUGCAUUUCUUUCUUUUUAAUUUUUCCCUUAUCUUUCUUUGUUUCUUUCUUUGUUUCUAUCUGUUUGUAUAACAUGAGAGUGCCUAUAAUAUAUUUCUUUCCUCUCUAUGACAACAUUACUUUAAUUGAAGGUGAUUCAUGGGUGUAA